AUGCGAGCGACUAAGCCAACAACAAUGCUGUUUAGGCGAGCCACAGCCUUAGUACUGAUCUCGGGCGUCUUCUUGGGUACGCUGGUAUUUGCCUUGAGGCGAUUGGAAAUUCAAUGCAUCGACGGAAUCUAUUGCCGCGAAGUAACACGACCAGAAGAAGGACUCAAUGCGUACGAACAUACGGAUAGUGCUCGGGUGGGCGAUAAGGCGCCGGCUCCCGUGCCAGUAAAGACACCUGGUAGUCCGAAUAGCACGCCCGAGUCCGAGUGCGCGCAGCUUCCCAAUACCUCGAAGAUCCUCCUCGUCAUGAAAACAGGGGCUUCGGAAGCCUUUUCGAAGAUUCCAACCCAGAUCUUGACAAAUCUCAAAUGUCUACCUGAAUUCCUCAUCUUCAGUGACAUGGAGCAAGAGAUUGCUGGUUACAAGAUCCACGACAGCCUUGACCAGGUUUUGAGCUCGGCAAAGAUGGGCAAUACAGACUUUAAGAUUUACUAUCGCCAACGUCAGUGCAUUCUCGGGAUGCGACCCAACUAUGACUGGUACCUCUUUGUUGAUGCCGACACCUAUGUGGUGUGGCCGACAAUGGUGCAAUGGUUGGGCAAACUGGACCACACGGACCAAAUAUACUUUGGCAGUCUUGCAUAUUUGAACGAUUUCCCUUUCGGCCACGGCGGCAGUGGCUAUGUCGUCUCCAGCGCGGCCAUGCGUAACUUCUUCGAGGGUAAGCAUAAUGUGGCCAACCGCUGGGAUGAGGCCACGGUGGGUGAGUGUUGUGGCGACGUCAUGUUUGCAAAAGCAUUAAAGGAGGCCACCGGCAUCGAGUUGAAUAAUACGUGGCCAACAAUCAAUGGAGAGAAGCCCUUUACAGUUCCAUAUUCCGAGAGAGAAUGGUGCCAGCCAAUUGUUACCAUGCACCAUGCAGGAAGUGAAGAGUUGUCUGAUUUAUACGGCUUUGAACGAAAACGAGAUUUCGCCUUUCCCAUGCGCAUCAAGGAUCUCUACCAUGAGUUCGUGGAACCGCAGUUGGCGCCAAUUCGACCGGACUGGGAUAAUAUGAGCGAUGACGUCCUUUAUCUCGAUACUUCGUCAGCUAUAUUCGACGUUGGCAGGCAGCUUAGCAAGGCAAAAACGCAAGACUUGUCCGAUCUUGAGAAGACGGCCCACUUGAGCUUUGAUAAAUGUCGUGCAGCCUGCCAAGCCGACAAUGAAUGUCUGCAGUAUAGAUGUCACCAAGGCAUCUGCGGGAUCGGCCGGAGUAUAAUUCAUGGACACCCGAAGCCGAAAGAAGUCGACGCAUUCAACGGGUGGAUGAGUGGAUGGGAUGUUGACAAGAUCCACGCAUGGGAACAAAAGCACGACAGCUGUGACGACAAGAUUGACUGGCCCCUGGUCCAGACGUAGCCGACGUGAAUGAUGAAGCAAUCACAGUUUUGAGACGCGUGAUGCAGAAACAUGAACAGCGGGAGCCUGUCA